UUUUUACUUGCAUUACCCUCCAAAAGUGAUAUACUUCGAUCGCCCUUAAUAUAAUUGUUUUCUCGUCUAUGUUAAAUUAUAGUUAAUGCGAUUCCGAAUAUUCUUUCUGUUCUGAUUACCGUGAUUGACUUUAUAAGUAUGUUAGUGUUCUCCUGACUGUAUUGUGUUGUGAAUUAUAUGUGUACGUCUGAAUUAAUUAGUGACUUUUAUUUCGUCCGGUAAUAGGCUAUCGAACACAUUGUUAAGUAAUUAGCAGUGGACUUUUGGAGGCGUCAGGCAGAUGAGUUGGGCUUACCUUAUACUGUAUACCGACCUCUUGGGUUACCUAUAUUUGUUAUGACCUUAAAGGGACGCCAGCCAGAAUUACCAAGUAUAAUGCUUAACUCACAUGCAGAUGUCGUGCCUGCCGGCGCUGGCAACUGGAUUUAUCCACCCUUUUCCGGUCAUAUUGACGAAAACGGUAAUUUACACGGACGCGGCACGCAGGAUACCAAGGAUGUAGGCAUUCAAUACAUAGAAGCUGUAAGAAAACUAAUUCAAAAUAAUUCGACUCUAGAAAGAACAGUACAUAUCACUGUCAUGCCAGAUGAAGAAACCGGAGGUCAUAGAGGCAUAGUGCCUUUCGUUGAUUCUGAGGAAUUUAAAUCUUUGAAUAUUGGUUUUGCGCUUGAUGAAGGAUUUACAUCACAAGAUAAUAACAUGUAUGUUACAUACCAAGAUAAACGGCCCUGGCAGGUUAAGUUCAUCAUUCGUGGAAAUGGUGGACAUGGAUCGACAAUAGCCAAUGGAAACGUGAUGGAAGGGUUACAAAAAUUUUUAAAUAUAGUUAUGGAAUUCAGAAAUGAACAAAUGCAGAUAAUGAAUUCCACGCAUGCCUUUGAUUAUGGAGAAUAUACUUCAGUGAACGUCAACAUGAUUGAGGGUGGAAUAGCUCCUAAUGUUAUUCCAACUAACAUGACCGUUGUGAUGGAUAUGCGGCUAUCGGUAAAAGCGGAUGUAAAUGAUGUAGAAGCUAUGCUUCAGUCAUGGCUCGCGUUACUCGGUGAUGAGUCUAGCAUGGAGUAUAUCAGACGGGUAGAGAAUUCUCCAGCGACAGCUGUCGAUGAUUCUAAUCCUUACUGGAUGGCGAUGCAAGAAACCUUGAAAGAAUUAGGCUUGAACGUGGUGCCACUUGUAUGCCCCGCCACUUCCGACAUGGUUUUAGUUCGAAGUAAGGCCAUCCCAGCUUUAGGAUUUACUACCAAAACGAAUAUGAUACCUAAACUGCACGAUGUGAAUGAAUACAUUGAUUUGAGUCAAUUUUUAAAAGGCAUAGAUAUAUAUGAAUCUAUUUUGAAAAAACUGGGUAAUCUUCCUUAGGAUCAGAGAAAGACAUUCGUUAAGGAUCAGAGAAAAAAAAAUGAAACUAGAAAAGCGGAAUAGAUAUAUUUAAUUAGGAUAAUUUAGUCAGUUUAUUCCUGCUCUGUAUCUCUAUAUACCUAUAGUUUUAGGAUUCAUUGCAUCUUAGACCCACAUAUGCUAUUAAACAUAAAGAUAUUGCUGUAAAACAUUCUACUCGGUCCAUUUUAGCCAAAAUGGUGGCUUUUCCGUGGGACAGGGAAGGAAAAACACUUAUUGAGUUCAGUAGAAAUAAAACAAGAUGAAGCUUUAAUAACUCUUGUAGAGAUUAUUUAAAAUUUAAAACAUCAAAAUAUUAACACUAUGACCAGACCGGACCGGAUAUAUUUUUUACCUUUUACUAUAUUAUGUUUUAAUGACUAAAAAUAAUUAAUCAAUAAAUAUUGUGAAAAUAAAGAGUUUGAAAAUA